GAGAGCUCGGAGGGUAACGGAGCUGAAGCGCCCCGCCUCCGGUGUGAGUGCGGAGCUUUUCUUCCGCACCGCGUCGGCUUGUUUUUUUCCCCCGGCAGACCACUGGUCGUUACCUGCGUUGUCUUCUCUCCCCUGCACGCUGAGCUGCUGCAGCCCACCAUGGCGAGCGUGGCGGGCCUGGGGAGCCGGGCGGCGCUGGGUCUCUGCGCCACAGUUAUUUUGCUCGAUAUGGCUUUUUGUAAAAGUGUUGUACAAGAUUUAGAUGACUCGUUUAAAGAAAAUCGAAAAGAUGACAUUUGGCUUAUAGAUUUUUAUGCACCAUGGUGUGGCCAUUGUAAAAAACUGGAACCAAUUUGGAAUGAAGUUGGCCUUGAGAUGAAAAGCAUUGGUUCUCCAGUUAAAGUUGGAAAGAUGGAUGCUACUUCCUAUUCUAGCCUUGCUUCAGAGUUUGGAGUUCGAGGUUAUCCAACAAUUAAGCUAUUAAAGGGGAACUUGGCAUAUAAUUACAGAGGACCACGUACAAAAGAUGAUAUUAUUGAAUUUGCUCACAGAGUAUCUGGAGCUCUAAUUCGGCCACUACCAAGUCAGCAGAUGUUUGAACAUGUGCAGAAGAGACAUCGUGUAUUUUUUGUUUAUAUAGGUGGAGAAUCACCUUUGAAAGAGAAAUACAUAGAAGCUGCUUCAGAAUUGAUUGUUUAUUCAUACUUCUUUUCUGCUUCAGAAGAGGUGGUUCCUGAGUAUGUGACCCUAAAAGAGGUGCCCGCUGUGCUUGUUUUCAAAGAUGAGAAUUACUUUGUUUAUGAUGAAUAUGAAGAUGGUGACCUGUCAGGAUGGAUCAACAGGGAGAGGUUUCAGACUUACCUUACUAUGGAUGGCUUCCUCUUGUAUGAACUUGGAGACACAGGAAAGCUUGUGGCUAUUGCAGUUAUUGAUGAGAAAAAUGCAUCAAUUGAACAUACCAGAUUAAAGUCAAUUAUUCAGGAAGUUGCAAGAGAAUACAAAGGCCACUUCAGUAGGGAUUUUCAGUUUGGCCACAUGGAUGGAAAUGACUACAUCAAUACCUUGCUGAUGGAUGAAUUGAAAGUCCCAACUGUAGUUGUACUGAACACAUCAAACCAACAAUACUUUGUGCUAGAUAGACAGAUUUCAGAUGCCAAAGACUUGAUCGAGUUCAUAAAUAACAUUUUGGAUGGCUCAGUAGAAGCCCAAGGAGGUGAUAGCAUUUUGCAGAGAUUGAAAAGAGUACUAUUUGAUGCCAAGUCUACUGUUGUGUCGAUAUUCAGGAGCUCGCCACUUAUGGGCUGCUUUCUCUUUGGCCUGCCACUGGGUGUCAUCAGUAUCAUGUGCUAUGGAAUCUACACAGCUGACACAGACUCAGAUGGAGGUUAUAUGGAAGAGCGAUAUGAAAUGUCUAAAAGUGAAUUUGAAAUCCAAGAACAGCCAGAGGAGAACACAGAUCAAGAGCCAAACAGUGGAGAUUGUACAGCACCUACUGCCCAAGAGCCCAAGGAUGUGUUAGAGAAAAAGAAAGACUGAGACUUGACUAGUAUAAAACAUUUGAUAGGAUUUCAAGUCAUUCAAGAGUCUAUUUAUUGGAUAUAGAUAUUCAAUCAUGAUCUUUACAGAAGAGAACAUGUUAUUUGUACUUUGCUAAUAUCAACUGCAUGGAUUCAAGUAGUCCUUCUACAAAGGGGGAGAUAUUUGGAGUAAAGAAACGGUGUAUCUAAAACAAACAGAAUCAAACCACUCCAUCAGAGUUUACCUUAUAGAUGUUAUUAUAAUAGGUCAGUUUUAUUUGCAUGUUUCUCUAUCUGAAUAUUCUCUGACAAAGUUAGGAUUCUUGGAGAGAAUAUUUAAAUUGGUCAUUCAGGUAGAAAGUACAUGUCUGAUAGAGAAAAAAAUAACACAUCUACCUACAGCUAUCCAUUCUCAUAUAUUUUGCAUAAGAUUUGUAUGGACAAUGUAAGUCUUCAAUAAAAGUUAGGCACUUUAAGGAAAACUAACAACUUUUUCCAUGUAUCACAUUAAGAUUACAAGGUUAAAAGUGAUGUGGUUUUAUAUAUAGCAUAGUGCUUUUAUUUUGUUAGUUAUUUUUAAAGGAGAGGAAAUGUUACUUUUUAACUUUAUACUUGGUUUCAUUAUUAUAAAAUUUUCAUAUGAGCCUGUAUAGUGUGUGGGGGGAGUUUUGUGGUUGACCUUUGCAAAAUAACCAGGUUGUGCAGGGAACAGUAACUUCAGCCCGUUCCUGGGAAUGCUCGMUAACCAGUUGUCUUCAUCAGUCAUUCCAGGAAGGAAAGGAGCUAUGUCAAUCCUGUCUUGCUUAGCUUUAGCCAAAGCAGCUUAGGAUUUUUAUGUUCUUUCUUUUUUAUUUUGUAUAUUGAAAUUUCUUCUAAAAUUUCAUUUGAUUAAAAAAUCUGGCUUUUGAAAAGUAAUAUAUCAUAUUUUUGUUUGUGGUAAGUUUACUUUAUAGCAAUUUAAAAUCUGAAUUAUCGCACAUCUAUUUUGUAAUGCCAUUAUGAACACAUGUUCAUAAUGAGUAAUGAGUGACAUAAUUAGCAUGUCAAGCAGUGUGUCACGCACAGUGAGAAAAAUAGAGAUGGCUGGUUACUUUCUCUGUUCUCUGARUUCUGUCAUCCAUUUCAGUGAGUAUCUCUAAUCUCAUUUAUAAUGAAACCGUGUAGGAAUUCUAACACAGUAAUAUCUAAAAAUUGGUAUUUUGCAGUAAGCUUGAUAUGCUUAUUGUGGAUUAAUUUGUUAUUUUUGAGGCCUUUGUUUACGUAAGUUUGGAAUUUUUACUAGGUAACUUAUUUAAGUACUUAUUCUUUAGUUUUAUUAUCCAUUGUAAAGAUUGUCUUGAUUGUAUUAAAAAUGUUUAAUCAUUUUAAAAAUAUGUAAUUUAUGGUCCUUACACUGAAGUUAUUUAGGGCUUUGAUUGCCAAAGGCAGCUUUUGGUUGUUUCUGAUGCCGUACUAAUCUGGAGUAACUGAAACUCUUGUAUCUUAAAUGCUGCAGAAUUACAAAUAAUUGUUUUGUUGUGUUCAUGUGUUCUUUUAGCAUAUAAUAAUUAAAUAUCCAUCUUUAAUGUUUGACCCCUUAUUAACUUUUUUAAUAAUGAAAUAAGUAUGUAGUCAGAGAGAAUUUCAGGAAAUACUAAAAUGAAAAGUUCUCAACUGGAAAUUGGACAUAAAUGCUGGUAAUUCAAAAAGGAGAUUCCUCUGCAUAGAAUACAGAGAGUAUCUUUGGGAAGAUAAUAAUGUUCCCAGUGAUCAGACUGGUUUUGCAGUAGAAAAAACUUAGAUAAGUAUAGAGCCUCAUUUAAGACUCAGUUUAGUAAAGAAGUGAAAUAAAAUUACAGAAAAUGUCAUUGAUUUUUUUUCCUUCAUGUUUAUCACUAUCAGAUGUUAGUUUGCAUAUUUUUGUGUUAUUAUUCAUCACCUAUACAGAACACCUCUGUAGGGAAAAGAGUAAAGUUCAGGAAGCAAAAAUCCAGUGAUGAUCCUUUGUAUUCUGGGACAUGGCCCUUUAGUUCAUGGCCUUAGAUCUCUGUCAUCCUUUGCACAACUCUGUGCUCUUGCCUCAUGUGCUCUUUGCACAUUUUAAGUGUGUUUAUUGAGAAAACAAAAUGUAUAGGUUGUUUGAUAAGUGAAUGUUUUUUUUUCUUUUUGUAUUAAAAUUUUGCUUUUAACUUGUUUCUGUUUUAGAAUAUUACUUUGUCAGAUUCCUCACCAAAAAAAAAA